UAACCAAAAUUCGUUAAAUAUGUUAACGCGCCAAAAGCUUUUUUACAAUUUGGCGUUAUAAUAAUAAAAAAGCUGUUCUUUGGUGCUAGUGUUAAAGUGACAAGCACAAAAUACAUUUAAUUAUGUUAGUUUCAUCAUAAAAACCAAUAUUGGUCAAGUGUUUCUUAAAACAUUGUCACUCCAUGCACACCUAACCCCACUUUUUCAAAUUUAUCCUCUUGAACCCUCACAAAAAUGUCCUCAGUUACAAUUCGCGGCAUCCCUGUCAACUUCCCUUACACCCCUUACGAUAUCCAAGUCAAUUACAUGGAAAAAGUGCUCGAGUGUCUUCAAGAUCGCCAAAACGGGGUUUUGGAAUCCCCCACCGGCACUGGCAAGACUCUGUCCCUCCUGUGUGCCUCCCUAGCCUGGCUUGAAGUGAAGAAAGCGCAAGUGCAAGCCCACCGACUUGUGACAAAUGACUCGACCGAUUUUCUCAAAGAGUUGAAUACUGCAGCCGGGGGGCAAAGCACCCGUAGCUUUUUGGGCAUGCCGACAAUCAUUUACGCUUCGAGGACGCACUCACAGCUGUCACAAGCCAUGCAGGAGUUGAAACGGACAAACUACAACCACAUGAAAGCGACAGUUUUGGGGUCCAGGGAGCAAAUGUGCGUACACCAGGAGGUGCUCAAAGAGAAAAGCAAUGCAAUGAAGGUGCAUCUGUGUCGGUUGAAAUUGAGGGAGAGGUCGUGUCAUUUCUAUAACAACGUUGACAGGAAAAAGGAGGAUCCGGCAAUUUCGCAACUGAGUAUUGUGGAUAUUGAGGAUUUGGUCAAGUUGGGGCAAAGCCACAAAUUCUGUCCUUAUUACAUGGCAAAAGAGUUGAAGCAGAAUGCUGAUAUUGUUUUCACGCCCUAUAACUAUUUACUUGACCCCAAAGUGAGGAAAGCGUUAGGUUUAGAAUUGACAAAUAAUGUUAUAAUUUUGGACGAGGGGCACAACAUUGAGAAAAUUUGUGAAGACUCCGCCAGUAUUCAGAUAAAAUCGACCGAUAUUGCGCUUUGUAUUGAUGAAGUCACUGCCGUUAUGAAGGCCUUAAGUGACGAUGUUGUAGUCGAUUUUAACGAUAAAGAAGUCCCUAAAGACUUCACCGCUGAGGAGCUUUGCAUCCUCAAAGAAAUUUUCCUAAACUUUGAGAAAGUGUUAGAUGAGAUUGAAGUCAAGUCAGUGUCGCCUGAAGGCACGUAUUUCGAGGGCAACUACAUUUUUGAAAUGUUUAACAAAGCUGGUAUAAAUGAUGGCAACUACGCUUCGGUUCUUUCCGUCAUGGACAAAAUUAUACAGUUUUUAGCAGCGGGGAACGAAGGGCCCUUUGCCCGAAAAGGCGUCGGUUUACAAUUAUUUUCCGAUUUGUUGACAAUCGCAUUUUCAAGCAUCAGCCCCCAGUUUAAGGAAAAAAUAAGAAAGAGUUACAAGGUCCACAUUGCCGUUGAAGAGGGCAAGAAAAGGGCAGACGAUUGGUUGUCGAAAGCAACACUAAAAAGUCGCUGCCGUGUCUUGAGCUAUUGGUGCUUUAGUCCUGGUUUUGGGAUGAACAUGUUAUUAGAUCAAGGUGUCCACUGUGUCAUUCUAACCAGUGGCACUUUAGCCCCCCUGAAACCCCUAAUUUCGGAACUCGAACUCAACGUUGGGGUCAGAAUCGAGAAUCCCCAUAUUGUCAAAGGCGACCAAGUUUGUGUCAAAAUAUUAACUAAAGGACCCGAUGGCGAAGCUUUAAACUGCAAUUACCAAAAUCGCGACAAUCCGAAUUAUUUAAUGUCUCUAGGACAAGUCGUAUCGAAUUUAAUUCGAAUUAUCCCUAAUGGGGUACUAAUUUUUUUUCCUUCGUACCCCAUUAUGCAGAAGUGUCAACAACAUUGGCAGCAAUCGGGUAUUUGGGAUGGAAUAAAUAAAACCAAAGCGAUUUUUGUCGAACCUAAAGACAAAAAUUCAUUCACUUUCGCCAUGUCUGAGUAUUAUUCAAAAAUCAAAGACCCAACUUGCAAGGGGGCUAUUUUUAUGGGAGUGUGUCGCGGCAAAGUCUCCGAAGGCUUAGACUUCGCUGAUAUUAACGGCAGGGCUGUUUUUAUCAUAGGAUUGCCAUACCCACCCCUCAAGGACCCCAAAAUUAUUUUAAAGAAACGCUACUUAGACACGUGCAACGCCAAAGACAAAGAGUAUUUAAAAGGCGACGAUUGGUACAGUUUGGAAGCCACCCGUGCCAUAAAUCAGGCCAUAGGCCGCGUCAUCCGCCACAAGGAUGACUAUGGGGCCAUAAUUCUCCUCGAUUCGCGUUUCACGAACCCUCGAGUCCAAGCCAAUCUGUCGCUAUGGCUCAAAAAACACAUCAAAGUUAUGCAAAAUUUUGGAACACUCACGCGCGAUCUCCGGUUGUUUUUCCAAAAUGCUCAAACAAAAUUGCCUGUGCCCAAAACUAGGGAUGAAAAUACACCCCCCAGUGCAGGGGCGAAGUCAAGGGUUGGUAAUUUCGAUUUUAGUUCGAGUUCGAUUUCGUUGACGCCGAGCGGAAGUAGCGGAUUGGUGAAUAUUCACAAAAGGAAAACAACAGAGAGUGAAAAUCCAGUUAAGAAAAUGAAAAUUACUGUAAUAGCGAAUCGGAAAAACGAGACGCCAUUGGAGACUUCCAUUUCAGAGUUUAUUAUUAUGGUGAAAAAAGCAUUACCUCCUGAAUGUUUCAAGAAAUUUAUUAAUUUGUUGACGGUUUAUCGGGCUAAUUGUAAUCUUAAUGAACUUAAAACAAGUCUCGAUGAGAUUUUUUUAAAGAGGUUUCAUUUGAGAUAUAUCAUAAAAGGGUUAGAGCCUUAUAUUAAAGAUGAACACAAAAGUGAGUUUCGUGAAUAUUGUGACACCUGGCUAGAAGUCCGCAAAGCCCAAUUCAACGAACAGUCAACCUGUCAUAAGUGUGGGAGUGACAGCCCCCAGCUUACAACCCUUCCAAGAAUCAUCUACGCAUCCAGAACGCACACACAAUUGAGUCAGGCUAUGCAAGAAAUGAAACGCACGGCUUAUAAUCACUUGAAAGCUUGCGUUUUAGGGUCGCGGGAGCAAAUGUGUAUAGACCCCGAAGUAAUUGAGGAAAAAAAUGCUUCUGUUAAAGUGAAUCUUUGUCGCACCAAAGUGAAGCGAAAACAGUGUAAAUACCACCAGAGGGUAGAAAGGGCGAGUCACACACCCCCUAUUAGCGACUUGAGUGUUGUAGAUAUAGAAGAUGUGGUUACACUAGGGCGUCAGUGUGACUUUUGCCCCUACCACAUGGCUCGUGAAUUGAAAACAAAAUCAGAUGUAGUUUUCAUGCCUUAUAACUAUUUGUUGGACCCCCGGACUAGCAAAAAUAUGGACGUUGAAAUUAAUGCAAACGUAAUUAUUUUUGACGAGGCACACAAUAUUGAAAAAAUUUGUGAAGAGUCAGUCUCAGUACAAAUAAAAUCAACUGAUGUUGAUUCAGCGAUUGAGGAUAUUGCAACCGUUAUUGAAGUUUUAACAAAUCAGUAUGUAGAUGUUGAUACAAUUGCAUUUACUACAGAAGAGUUACAAACUUUAAGUAAAAUGUUGAUAAUAUUUAAUAGAGAAUUAAACGGUAUUACGUUAUAUAAAUUAGCACAAGCUGGAACUAUUUUUGACGGUGACUAUAUUUUUGAAAUUUUCAAAAAAGCUGAGAUUCAUGAAGACAAUAAUAGAGGAAUAAGUGAGUUAAUUGAAGGUAUUUUAGAUUUUAUCUCUACGACAAGAUUCAUACACCGAAGCGGAUUUGGAUUACAAAUUUUCAAUAAUUUACUCUUUAUUGCGUACUACAAACGAGGCCAGGAGUUUCGACAAAAAAUCAAAGAAAGUUUUAAAGUCCAAGUAGAAGACGAAAAGCCCGAAAAUCUCUGGAAAACCCGAUACUCGCAAAAAAUUGAGCAAAAAGAAAGUUGUCGCGUGUUAAAUUUUUGGUGUUUUAGUCCCGGAUUUGCGAUGAAUAUGUUGAUGGAUCGCAAUAUCCACUGCGUGAUCCUCACUAGUGGCACUUUGGCCCCCUUGAAGCCUCUAAUUUCGGAACUUGAGCUCGACAUCGGGGUACGGAUUGAAAACCCCCACAUUGUACAAGGUGACCAAGUCUGUGUUAAAAUUUUGAGCAAAGGCCCCGAUAUGGAACCCCUAAAUAGUAAUUUUCAAAAUCGGGCUAAUCCGAAAUAUUUACGAUCGUUGGGGCUAGUAAUUUCGAAUCUAAUCCGGGUAAUCCCCGACGGUGUUUUAAUUUUUUUCCCUUCUUACAUAAUUAUGCAAAAAACAAUUGAACACUGGCAAGACGACGGCAUAUGGGACUCUAUAAACCGAAUUAAACCAAUUUAUGUCGAACCGAAAGACAAAAUUUCCUUCGCCACCGCCAUGUCCGAGUACUAUGCCAAAAUCCAAGACCCGAGCUACAGUGGGGCUAUUUUUAUGGGGGUAUGUCGUGGCAAAGUCUCCGAAGGCUUAGACUUCGCCGAUAUAAACGGCCGGGCUGUCUUUAUAACCGGACUGCCGUAUCCCCCCUUGAAAGACCCGAAAAUAAUACUGAAAAAACAGUACCUGGAUUUCCGCCACUCAAAAAACAAAGAUUACCUGAAAGGCGACGAUUGGUACAAUUUGGAAGCCACACGUGCCAUAAAUCAGGCCAUAGGCCGGGUCAUACGACACAAAGAUGACUUUGGGGCAAUUAUCUUGCUUGAUUCUCGGUUUACCAAUCCGCGGAUUAAAAAUAACUUGUCUUUGUGGUUGCGACAACACAUCACCGAUAUGAAAAACUUCGGGGAAAUUAUUAGAAACGUACGUGUGUUUUUCCAAAAUGCUCAGAAAUUCAAAGAGCCCCACGUGAAGGAGAUCGUGAUUGAGCCACUUGUUGAAGCGUCAACAAGCAGCGAGGGGACUAUAGUGAAAAUUAAUUCUCGAAAAGGAGAGCCUUUGGAAUGUUCUACUCCAAAGAAGAACAGAUAGUAGAACAGAUAAUACAGUUAAAUGAUGUUUUAUUAAGUAAAAAAGUCUUUAUAUUUUAUACCUAAAUAAUCUUAUCAGAUCUUGAGUAAAGUGAUGUCUAACUUA